GGCAAUUUGGGCGGCAUCACACCACUCGAAUUAUCGCGCCCAGAUUCCCCAUUUUUCGCUCCUCCAAAACUCUCCCGAAGCGCUGCAGCAGCGACCAUGGACGCCAGCGGAGCCACCGGGAAGGUGAAGAAGGGGGCGGCCGGGCGCAAGGCCGGCGGUCCCAGGAAGAAGGCGGUGUCGCGGUCCGUGAAGGCCGGGCUCCAGUUCCCCGUCAGCCGCAUCGGGCGCUACCUCAAGAAGGGCCGGUACGCGCAGCGCGUCGGCACCGGCGCCCCCAUCUACCUCGCCGCCGUCCUCGAGUACCUCGCCGCCGAGGUGCUGGAGCUCGCCGGGAACGCGGCGAGGGACAACAAGAAGACGCGCAUCAUCCCGCGCCACGUGCUCCUGGCGAUCCGGAACGACGAGGAGCUCGGGAAGCUGCUGGCCGGUGUCACUAUCGCCCACGGCGGCGUCCUCCCCAACAUCAACCCGGUGCUGCUGCCCAAGAAGGUGGCGGAGAAGGCGACCAGCGGCGGCGCCAAGGAGGGCAAGUCGCCCAAGAAGGGCGCCAAGUCCCCCAAGAAAGCCUAGACAGUAGAGACUCCAUUAGCACCGUGCUGUAAUAACAUGUUCGUGUUUAGAUUUGUGGUUGGGUUGUGCCCGUUCGUCAGUUGUUACUAUGUUCUGUUUCUUGUUCACAUUUGCAAUUUGGGUUUGCGGUUCAGUUCAGAGUAGUACGGAAUGAGCAGUGACUACAACUCUGCGUCAGAAGAGACUUCUGAAGAUGUAAUCACAGUUGUAUCCUGAACUCACUGUCCUGGCAUCUGGUUCAGCA